UCGGCAGUCAUCGAGCAGCUGCAGCCAUGGCUCUGCGCUACCCCAUGGCCGUGGGCCUCAACAAGGGCCACAAAGUGACCAAGAACAUGAGCAAGCCGAGGCACAGCCGCCGGCGCGGGAGUCUCACCAAGCACACCAAGUUCGUGUGGGACAUGAUCCGAGAGGUCUGCGGGUUUGCCCCCUACGAGCGGCGCGCCAUGGAGCUGCUCAAAGUCUCCAAGGACAAGCGCGCCCUCAAGUUCAUCAAGAAGCGGGUGGGGACACACAUCCAGGCCAAGAGGAAGCGAGAGGAGCUGAGCAACGUGCUGGUGGCCAUGCGGAAGGCAGCAGCCAAGAAGGACUGAGAUCCCGAUGGGCUGGGGCUACACGGUCAUGGAGACAAGCAAGCUGCCAUGUCCUGGAAACGCAUUUUUCAAUUAUAAUUAAAUUAUUUCUAUGUGCAAAAAAAA